AUGCCUGACAGAAAGGUGGUGGUGUGUUUGUCUGGUAGGGCAGGAAACAAUACUAGAAAGAAAGUGCUUAGGGAUUGUGGACUUGAACAUGAGUUCAGUGCUCGUUUCAAAGAUGGAAUUUUGAACGCAAGGCAAGGCCUCGAUGGAAUGGAGCCAAACAUAGAAGAGAUUUACAUGCGGAGGUCCAUGCAUAGUCGAGACUUGCCCACAAUUGAGCGUAAAAAACACCAGCUUUCAACACACACCAAGCUCCUGUUGUUGGCUUUGAAGAUGGAGUCAUUGGAGUUUUUGGUGUCGACGGAGUCUAAAACCAAAUGGUGGGUGUUGGAAACCACACAUCAAGAAUAA